ACAAACAAGGAAUGGUCCAACCCCAUUCCUCGACAUGUUUCCCAUGCAAACCUUCAUUCUUUAUUUCUCAAACAUCUGUCAUCUUUUUCUACGUGUCCUCUUCCUUCUUCUCCUUUUUAAAAAACACCCUCAAACCUCCCUUUCUCCCCUCACCAUAAUUCUCAUUUUAAUUUCUUCUUCUCCUCCUCCUUUUUCAUCCAUUUCCAUGGCUGAAUUUCCUCACCAAAGACCCCAUGCUCAAAAUCAGCCUAAUUAUGACUCACCCACAACUCACCCUUUUCAAGCCAUUCUCCCACAAAAGUCCAUUUCCUCUUCCCAUCUCUUGGCAUUUCUUACUCUCUUCCCCAUCGCCGCCAUUCUUCUUUUCUUCGCCGGAAUCUCCUUCAUCGGAACCGUCGUAGCCUUGGCUGUUACUUCUCCUCUGUUUCUAAUUUUUAGCCCUGUCUUGGUCCCUGCCGCCCUCGUCAUCGCCUUGGCCGUUGCAGGCUUUCUGACUUCUGGGGCUUUUGGUGUCACAGCCUUAUCUUCCCUCUCAUGGAUGGCUAAUUACUUGCGUAGAUCACGAGUCCCUCUUAACCUCGACCAAGCUAAGCAAUGGGUCCGUGAAACCGCCGCCCAAGCCGCCGAAACGGCUAAAGAGGCUGGUCAGGCUAUCCAGAGCAAGGCACAGGAUAAUGGGAAAGCGAAGGAAGUUGAAGUCGGCUCUGCCCAGGAUGGAGAGAAAACCGAUGAAGUGAGCCCAGCGCAGCCCAGCCCGGCCCAGGAAGAAGGAAAGACCCAGGCGCAAAGUACAUCGAAAGAGGAAACGGCCCAAGAACCGGCUAAGGCUCAAGAAAGUGGGAAGGCCCAAGAGGGGGGUAAGGCCCAAGAUCGUGGGAAAGCCCAAGGAGGAAAAACUCGAGGAGGAGGAAAGACAUGAUUGAGGAAGUGGCCCCCAAGUGUUCCGUUGCUUUAUAUGUAAAUAAUUUAAUAAUUUUGGAAUUAUGAGUACUUCAAGCAGAGAGAGAGAGAGAGAGUAUGUUGUAGGUGUGAGUUUAAUUUCCAUUGGAGUACACGAUUUCUUUUGCUAUAUGUGUUGUAAUGAAUCUGGUAGAAAUAAAAGUAUUAUUUCUGUUUUAA